UCUGGUGACAACUUAGAGCACCAACAACAAGCAAAAACAAUGGCUUCUCUUAGCUUGUCCACUGUUCCCACCACCAUAACUUCACUGUCCUCUCGGUCAGCCUUAUUUUCCAAAACCUCCACCCAUCGUUUCAAAGUCUCAUGCAACGGUUCUUCAGAUGAGCGUCUCACAAACUCUGAAAACAACCCUAUUAAGCCCAUACUUCCCAUGCAGAAUAAUAAUGUAGACCGGAGAAACAUGCUCCUGGGCCUAGGCGGUCUAUACGGCGCGGCCAACUUCACCAGCAUCGGGUCGGCCUUAGCAUACCCCAUCACUGCUCCAGACAAUAUUUCAGACUGCGUUGCUGCAACUGUUGGCGUAACUGACCCCGAAAACGCGGUAAGAGGCGUAGCUUGUUGCCCUCCAUCCUCACAGACUACCCCAGCUCCUUACUCCUUGCCAGAUUCCACCCAACUUCGUGUUAGACCUGCCGCACACCGACUCACUUCCGACUACAUCGACAAGUAUCGAGCAGCAAUUGCGGCCAUGAAGGCUCUCCCCGAUGACGAUCCACGCAGUUGGAAACAACAAGGUAAGAUCCACUGCGCUUAUUGCAACGGAGCUUAUAGUCAAGAAAUGAAUGACCAUAAGGAGUUAAAACUCCAGGUUCACAACUCCUCACUCUUCUAUCCUUUCCACCGUUGGUACCUCUAUUUUUACGAGCGGAUCUUGGGUAGCUUAAUCAACGAUCCGACUUUCGCUUUACCGUACUGGAAUUGGGACAGUCCCAUGGGAAUGUUGCUUCCUGCCAUGUUAGAGACCCCGGUCACUGACCCGAGCGGCAAGACCGAAAGAUCCGAUCCCAAAUUCAACUCUUUAUUUGACCCUUACCGGAAUGUCGCACACUUACCUCCUUCUAUCCUUGAUCUCAAUUAUAGAGGCACCGAAAGUGGCGCUUAUUGUGUAGACCAGAUAAGCUCUAAUCUGUCGACAAUGUACACUCAAAUGGUCUCCAGCGCCACAACUAGGGAUGCCUUCUUUGGUACUAAUCCUGACCCGGUGACCGCAAGUACGGCUGGCACUAUAGAGCGUGGUGCUCACACAGCGGUUCACAUAUGGGUGGGUAACCCUAGGAUGACCAAUAAUGAGGACUUGGGUAACUUUUACUCGGCAGGGUAUGACCCAGCAUUUUACCUCCAUCAUGCUAAUGUCGACCGCAUGUGGAAAGUCUGGAAGGAUUUGAGCCCUUCUACAAACAAAGAUCCAGAUAACGACGACUGGAAUAAUGCAUCAUAUGUGUUUUACGAUGAGAACAAAAAUCUUGUACGUGUUUACAACAAAGACUGUGUAGACAUCAACAAGAUGGGAUAUGAUUAUGAAGAUUCAAGAAUCCCGUGGAUCAAGAGUCGCCCGGUUGCUCGAGUUAAGGCGUCGAAAGUUGCGGCAAAGUCGGUUGGAGUUGUGAAGAAAGUGGAGGAGAUUAAGUUUCCUGUGAAGUUAGACAAGAUAGUGAAGGUUCUAGUGAAGAGGCCAGCUACAAAUAGGAGUGAGAGUGACAAGAAGAAAGCUACUGAAAUGCUGUUUUUGAACGGAAUCAACUACAACAGUGAGCAAUUUUUCAAGUUUGAUGUGUUGGUGGAUGACGUAGACGAUGGGAUUGAGACCACCGCGUCUUCAAGCGAGUUUGCGGGUACUUUCGCUCAGGUGCCACAUGGCCUCCGAGGAGAGAAGAUGGUCAUGAGGAGUGGAGCGGCGUUUGGGAUCACCGAGCUUUUGGAGGACAUUGAAGCUGAAGGUGAUGAGUAUGUUUUGGUUACUUUGGUACCGAGGGCAGGGACAGAUGAUGCCACCAUUUCAGAGAUCAAGAUUCAGCUGGUUCCCAUCGCUUAAAAUUCUUAUUUAUAACUGCAUUUUCAAUCUUCAAUUUGUGUGCAUGCAUGUUACGUAUGUUUGUUUGGAUCCGGUGUGUGCAGGUCUCAAGAACUUUUAGAGGAGUUCUUGCAACCUAAUAAAAAUUUCGUUUCUAGUUUGUAGUGGUUUUAUAACCACUAACCAUGCUUGAAUGUCACCCUUGAUUUUGGAUUUCCAUUAAUAAACUUUUUGAAGUUGUAUUUAUCUUUUA